AUGGGGGUUUCCUCUGUACAUGCUUUGCAAUGGAAGUCACUUCUUCUCAAUAACAGGUGUUUUGGACGCUACGGAGUGCUAGGUUGGAGGCAGUACAGUGUCUGGAACUCAGUGGAAGAUCAGUACAAUGGGCUUUACCCAGGCCAUAUUCCAACCAACCCAGUUCAGAAGGCCUUACUAGCAGUAGGCUCAGGAGUGGUGGCACUGCAAGACCCCUACAGACAUGACAUGGUGGCUGUGCUUGGAGAGACCACUGGACACCUGGCCCUAAUCAGGUUGAGAGACAGAAUGAGAAACAACCCAGAAGGCUAUAGCAUUCUCAUAGAGCGUCCAAGGAUCCGCCUUUGCACUCUGAAUCUGUCCCGGAUGUCCUCGCUUCCAGAAGGUUCUUUGGGCCGGGAGUAUCUGAAUUUCCUGGAGAAAAAUAGAGUGACCCCUGAUUCACGGGCAGAUGUGAAGUUUGUGGAUAAUGAGGAGUUAGCUUAUGUCAUGCAGCGAUAUCGUGAAGUACACGAUCUGAUGCACACCUUACUUGGCAUGCCCACUAACAUGUUGGGGGAAGUUGCUGUGAAGUGGUUUGAAGCUGCCCAGACAGGUUUGCCAAUGUGUAUUUUGGGAGCAGCUCUUGGACCUCUUCGCUUGUCUGCCAGUCGUCUCCAGUCCCUAAUGACGUCUCUGGGGCCCUGGGCUCUAAGGAGUGGGAGUCAAGCCCGAUGUGUUCUGAGUGUCUUUUAUGAACGUCGCUGGGAGCAGAAUCUGGAGGAGCUACGGGAGGAGCUGAACAUCGAGCCACCACCUCUCAUUCUCACAGCAUCCAAAAAAGCGCCCACUGCAGAUUUGCACCAGUGAGAACAAAAAGAGCAUUUGAGGGGCAUUUGAAGAGAUAAGCAGUCUGACCUACCGUUAAGAGAGGGCUUCAUCAGACGUCAACACACUCCCAACUUCUCUUACAACGAAGAGACAAACCCUGUGUGUCGUGCUAUCUGUCCAGAUGAACGCACGGAACAAACAUGCCAUUGUAAGAGCUAAUGGUAGUGUAUAACAGAAUAGUAUUGUUGGAGGAAAUGGUCUUGUUAAGGACGUGGCAGCAGUAAUUAAGUCCUGUAAUUGGCUGUAGCCACCAAAGGAACUUGGGACAAGUCUGAACAUUUUGCAUUGUCACAGAUGGAAGUUGAAACCGGCUUCAGAGGGGAUGGAAUUUCCCUUGUCUAAGUUCAGUAGGGCGAUUUAACCCAAAGUAUCUGUUUGACCUUGCACUUUGUAUUAUUGCACUUCUUCUUGUUGUGUCGCCUUGUCUUAAAACUGUGCAUGACUGGUCACACCACUAAUAUGUAGAACAGAGGUCGGUCAUGUCAGUUUAGGCUGUAAACAAGCACUGUGUGUCAUGCUCUGGGUUUGUUUACGGUUGAUGCAUUUCAUGUGUGAAGCAGAUGAUUAAGUGCUUUUUUUAAGGAAUGAAUCACGUAACCAAUAAAAGUA